CUCCCUCUCUCCGCAAAGAUGCGUUACGUAGCUGCUUACCUGCUCGCUGCCCUCGGAGGCAAAGAGAGCCCCAGCACAGGUGACAUCAAGAAGAUCCUGGACAGCGUCGGCGUUGAGGCUGAUGACACCCGGAUGAGCAAGGUUGUGUCUGAGCUCAAUGGCAAAAAUUUGGAGGAAGUGAUUGCCCAAGGUUUCAGUAAGCUGGCCAGCGUGCCGUCCGGAGGAGCUGUAGCUGCUUCCAGUGCUGCCGCUCCAUCCGCUGGAGGAUCUGCUGCCGCCCCUGCAGCGGAGGAGAAGAAAGAAGAGAAGAAAGAGGAGUCUGAAGAAUCCGAAGAUGACAUGGGUUUCGGACUCUUUGACUAAUCUGUCUCCUCGGGACCAAAAUAAAGUUUAUUACAAAAUUA